AUGAUGGACGAAAUUCUAUACCCCAAGCAUUACCCGUCUACCGGUCAUGUGCUACAAAUCAAAGAUUCUAUGCGCAAAGUUCCUUCUGCAUAUCAGAGCAGAGAUUCAGACGUUGACAUUCAGGCCAUAUUCCAGGGGUGGCAGCAAAGAAUGGGCCAUGCCGUGGGCAAUGAUAUUUUGUUUGGCCACAAUGUCAAUGCUCCAACCACUCUCCCAUUAGCAGAAAGGGAGCACCUUAGGCAAGAUCCUGUUCUUCUGGAGGUCGAAGAAGAGCGCAAACAGGCAACAAAUCAGUUGGCAAAAUUGGAAGAUAGUGAAGAAAAUAUUGUAGCGCAGGGCGAUGUCAUGCACCAAAGCUGA